CAAUAAUGCUUAUGAAUGGCGAGGCGCGGCUGCUCUCGAAAGAAUCGGCUUGCUUCUUCCGCUGAUUCCGGCGGCGUUCUCAUUCUGAUUCCGUCUCAACGCGCAGAGAGAAUGGCUCGAUCAAUGGUUACGACGACCGCCGCCGCCGCUGCCGCCGCAUCUUCGAGCGUCACGACCACCGUCACCAUCGGCGGUCAGGCUCCGCCACCCCCGUCUUCUUCCUCCUCGUCCUCCCAAGGCAACACCGCCCUGGUCCUGCGGCUGAAGAGGGUGAACGAUAAGAAGAAGAAGGUGACCUGGAAGGAAGGCACCGUCGACAACGAGUUCAUGAAGAAGAAGAGCUCCAAGAAGUGCUGCAUCUUCCACAAGGAGAAGCCCUUCGAUGAAGACUGUAGCAGCGAUGAAGAUGGCGAUGCCCCGGAUCACCGGCACCACCCCCAUCGCGGCGAUCAUCGCUGCGAUGGAGACGCUUCUUGCUCUAACGAUGGUGGCAAUUGAAGCGGGUUCGCUUGGAUUGGUCUCGCGUGGAUCGCAGGAUGUUAAAUUGAAAUGCAUACAGGAGUUUUAGAUGAAACAUGUCUUUUAUAUUUUCCGUCCGUUUCCGAGUGGGGGCAUAAUUUUUUUCAUGAGUUCGUGUGCGACCUAAAGCAAUUAUUCAAUCAUGUUGAUGCUUCACAUGUUUUUGUUUGGUUUAUUGGGAUGAGGAACUUCAAUUUGGAACGAUGCUUGUUUGUCUUGAUCAAAAGUUCAUCUCAUUCAAUUCUUA